AUGCAAGUGCCGGUUCUCGGCUGCACUUUCCUCACGCUGUCAGAUCGUGAGGAAAAUACUAACGAGAACCGGCAGUUGUCAGAGCGGGGAUCGACACCGAUCAUCAGGGCACUGAUGAUCAGUGCCCUGAUGAUCAGUGCCCAGCAGUGCCACCCGCAAGUUCCGCCCACCUGUGCCCAGCAAUCACCCACCUGUGCCCAGCAGUGCACCCACCUGUGCCCAGCAGUGCACCCACCUGUGCCACUCUGCAGUGUCACACACCUGUGCCCAGACGUGCCACCUACCUGUGCCCAGCAGUGCCACCCACCUGUGCCCACCCACCUGUGCCCACCAGUG